CCAAGUAUAACAAAAUGCGGUUUGUAGAUCGAAGUAUACAAAAGAGUUUCAAGGCGGUUGCGAGGUUUAGCAGGUCAAUGGGACGUUAAUCUCCGUCUCUCGUGUCGAUAUCUCUGAUUGGACGAACGCCAUAGUUGGCAGAGAUACACAAUGUUUGCCGAUUUGGGUGUGUAUGUACUCUGUCUCGUGUACGCGCUGUACGUACGUAUUUACAGUGACUUCGCCCAGUCGAUUCUUCUACUAUUCGAUAUUUCGCUCCGACAUAUUUCGCUUCGAUGCAAGACGACAGUAAAAUUGCUUAAUCUAUAAAAAAAACGGUUUAUGUAUGUGCAAACACAAUAUUUGAUCUUGACGAACUAAUAAAGUUGCGUCAAAAUCUGAAGACGACUGUUAAGGAAGUGUUCCACAUAGGUGACGGUCAACGAAUCGCGCGCUUCGGGGCGCCGCACCUGCUAGACUCGAUCCUGAUCAUGCCCGGUGGAUCCGUCAGAAAGUACUCGACGGCCGGACAGUAUCGCGAGCGCUGGCGCGAGAGCACGCGGCGCGAGUAAGUCUCGUUGAGUACUUUCGUUUCGCGCGUCGCGUCGUGAGCAACGCUCGCUCGCUCGCGCUCGCGGUGCAUCGUUCAUCGUCAUCAAGUCGCCUUACUCGGUUAAUUCGAUUAAUUCACGAAGAGGAAACGACAAUCUCGAAUCUCCGGACAUUGUGUUAACUCAUUCGAAAAUUUGCAGAUCGACCGUUUUGAGGAUAAGCGCAAUUGCGCGAAUUACGAAGAGUGUAGACAAAGUACGCAAAAUGUCACGGACGGUAUUUCAAGCUGUUCGCUUUUACGCGCUGACGCAUCCCUGACGUCACAUGCAUAUCCAAUAAGGAAUGUCAUCACCGAUGGUGGUUCGUCAGUUGGAUUCCCGCUCGCAAUGAUGCUGAUCAAGUGGCCUGGGAAAAACAACAGGAUUUCGUAGUAGACAUGAUUGAAUGAUGGAGGUGAUUUCGACACGCCGAUACGAGGCCCGUCCACCGGCAAACACCCACUCCUCUAUUCUCGUUGACCCUGAGAACUCUGUGGCAUUAAUCAAAGAAGAGGAAUGGGAGACCCGCAAGAAAAAGGAGAUCACCACCACGCGGCAAAUAGAGACCAGGGUGAAACGGCAAGUUGUCCUCGAAGAUGGCGAGGUUGUCGUCGACUCCGGACCCCUAGUUACAACGAACACAACCGAGGACGUCGAACAACAGGAGCAUACAACUCAGGAGAGACGCACGACCGGGGAUCAGCCGCAGGAGGUCGACUGGCGGCCGGCGGCAGGUGGUAUUGUAACCGGAAAUGGCGGCAACAUCGUGCAAAAGGAGCUCAACGAGACGGUGGUGAGGAGCCGUGAGGAGAUCGAGGAGAGACUCGAGACGGAGGAUCGUCAACAGUUGGGAGAUAUCUCGGACGAGGCAUACCAGAAGGCGGUGCGUAGCAAUAGAGGUGACUUGCGAGUCGCUCUCGCCGAAUCUUCAAAACAGUUGGCGCCGCAGUCCGGUCCACGGGUCAUUCAGCACACGACUAGGUCAAACAAGGUCAUCGACACCGAGAAAACCUUAGAAAGAAAAGAACUGAAGGCUGAUGGAUUAAUCGUUACUGAGAAGAAGCAAACGGUCGAGCACGAGGAGAUUAACGACGACGAAGUUCCAGACGACGGGAAGAACGACGACCCUUCCGAAACUAAGAAGGAAAGCUCACAAAAGUACAUCAAGAAGAGAGAAGAGGACGUUGUGGACUACAUCUCGGCCGGCGAGAGAGUCGGCCGAGAGAUGCGCUACGUCGCCGAGACAACUGAAGGAGAACGAAUAGGCGACUGGUCACCAUCACCAACGGGUAUGCGGACGACUCGUCUUCACAAACAUUCCGGUUUCCCGGAUGCCGCUCGGAAAGAUGCUCUGACGAAGAAGCCAUUGGACCUGGAGGAAGAGGACGAGGCGAGAAAAUUCGAGACAUCGAAGUGGCUGGAAAGCCACUUUGGCAGUGACUCGCGUUCCUCCCACGGAUCUCUCGACGCUGACGAGUCUCCUCUUCCAACCGGCACGAACACGAGCUAUAUCAAUGUUACUAUGAAAUCUUAUACGCCGAAAGAACGGGAACAUCAGAACGUAAGCUCCAGCCGCUAUCAACGACGUACUCGAGACUCGGACUCGCCUUCAGGAUAUUUUCACGGAAUCAGCGAGUGGUCGGAACGAUAUCAAGGAAAAGAGAAACAUGCACGAUCGGGUUCACCAGUUCGAUAUGUGGAAUCUCCUCGUGCUAAUGGACAUGCCCAUGGGCAUAAGAGAAAUCAAGUUGAAUCAUCAUAUACCAAGACUUACGAAUCGUUUCGCCGUGAAUAUCAAGAUUCCAUUGAGGAACGACAGCGAACACCUUCGCCGCCAAUUCGCCGAAGAUCAAAAGAACAAUGGACAAAAUCUGAAGAAAAGAUCAAUUUAAAUGAACCGUCGUCAGGGCGCACUUCAAGUCCUAUACACGUGGUGCAAAGAACCUGGGAAAGUCGUAAUCGCGAUACUCAAAGACAGACUCCUGAACGCGAUAAUUACAAGAACAGUUUGCCACGAUCACGAUCAAUUUCACCAAGAUCGCCGAUAAGUAAUCGCGAGGAGAAAAAAUCUGACACGCCACGAGCGUCGAAAAGUACCGGCUCUAAAUACAAGAUUGGCGAAUCUUUUCGGAAGUUGGUGGGCAAAUUACGUUCAGCUAGCACGGAACGGAAGAACAAGCGAGGAGCUGGUUCAACCUCACAAUUGACGCAGACUGACGACAACGGUCCGACUUAUCUGCAAUACAACGUGAUCGAUAGAAACAUUCCCUUUGUUAGUGAAAAAAACGCGACGGAGGACAAACCGCCGGAAAGGCCGCCGCGGUCGCCGCGAAACGCAUCGAACAAAGUCAUCAAAACGAAUGCGUCAAGAGCAUCCGAUCAUGUUAUUCAGGAACAAUGGCAACGCAGCGAAUCUACUCCUCCACCCCUGCAGAGGUACUACCUGGGCGAGGAUCCCUUUGGCGGCAGUAUUUACGGGCGUGAAAAAGGGUACGAAGAUGGCAGAGAGCGGCACCGACACGGAAGACCGCGCGGUAAAAUUGCCGUAGAUUCCGAGUACAGCGUUGCCUCCAGCUCCCUCGGCAGAUUUAGUAAGUCCACUAGCAGAUUGGUCGGCGAUCACGAGAGAGAGGAGCAUUUCCGGUCCACCCAGACGUUACCGCGGAAUCUGCACUCUGGCAGCAGCGGACAAUCGACUCGCUCGCAGGCGGCAUCGCAAAUCAGACGACACCACGCCGUUCACACGAACGUCAAUAAAUACGGUGCGCCCAGCAAGUUAGGUCAGCAGCACAGCAGCAUGAUCAACAUAUCGAUCAAGAACACAGUGAACACAUCACCCAAAGUGAACGCGACGCCGGCAUACAGCACGCUCCAGCCACCACCGAAACCGGAACGGACGUACAAGUCGUCAUUGUCGCGUAGUAAAAGCUUUAACGUUGAAGCCGAUAAGAACGGCGUGGAUGCACCAGCACAACCGCCUUACACCUCGAACUUACACUUAAAUCGGUUGAACGAGACACCGCCGCUGAAAAGCCCCGGGAUCCUUGCCAGCAUCAGUCGUAGUAAUAGGGAUCUGCUAAGAGAUGAUAAAUAUUGAGGUGGUUAUCAAUUGACGCAGCAUUGUGACUACAAUUCAGACGCUGAAAUGCACUGUUGUUUCUUCCCUGAUACGUACACGUAAAGAUUCUUCUCAAAACGCAAACAGUAUACAUUUAGUAUGAGCGAAGAAAGUUGCAAGUGCAGUAAAUCAAUAAAUUGCAUACAUUUUACGUAUAUUAGUACAGAUGAUCUAACGCGCUUCCGGUAAACUUGUAUCUUGAGUUUAGCUUUAUACUAUUCAAUGAUUGUCUACUUUUUCUAAUUUUUCUUCAACUGCGUCAUUGAUGGCCACUGAUGGUUGUUUAGUUAUAAAUAUACCUAAUAAAAUGCAAACUCUUUUCCUUAUAAAACAGUUGACGUUGUUCCCACAUUAUUACUCAUGCUACAUUAUGUGUUCUAAUGUGGAGUUAUUUAUUUGUAUCAGAUCAAAUACGUUCAGAAUCGAUCAUGUAGGAAAUGAAAUAGAACUGAUGAUAAUUAUUGAAUAUCUUUGAAUAUUCAAAAGUAUUUUAUAUAUUUUUAAGAUUUACGUGCCACGUAUUUUUGAAUAAAAUUAAAUCAUUGAUAUUUUUAGAAAAGGAAUGUGUGAAGACCAUUAACUACGUCAUUUAUUAAUUUUAAUAUCAUGUACAGGGUGCCUCAUACCCGUAUUUUUACUGUAUUUUGAUAUGUUUUUAAAACAAUUUACGGUAUAUUUUUUAUUAACGAUUAGAUAUUAAAUUGAUUAAACAAAAAUAGUAAAAAGAUAUCGAAUAUGAGACCCCUUCUAUAUGUAAUAUAAUACAUAAUUUUUUAUAACAACUCACAAGUUUUAUAUGAAUAUAUUAUUUAUAUUGUUUAUUCU